GGCCCUGGUUUACCGGAAGAGCUACCUGUUCCGUGACGACUUUGACAAUUGCUACAUCACCGAACAGUUCAUCCAGAUCGACGUGAUGAGGGCCAGAACUGGGAAAAAAACCGUGUUGCCGCUCAGCUACCAGGAGGCCAGUCGUUACAUCCAGCCCUGCUCGCUCUUCCUCACCGUAUCAGAGAAGAAGAGAUACCUGAUCGGCUUUGUCCGUGUCCUACGCCAAGGAAUCUCCAUCCUGACCAUCAUCCUGGUGGACUACAGCGUCUUCUGGAUCUUGGACAUGGUCAGCUACCACCUACAGGUCGAGAUUAUCGCUCGCUCUCCAGUGAUUCUGGGCAUCACGGUGAACGGUUCGGGCUACGCCUCGGACAUUUACCGCAACGUGGUGUCAGCCUUCGACUCGGUGCAGAGCGGGAAUGUCACGGUCAUCUCACGCAAAUGUUUCAUCCGACCCUCCCCGCCCAACUUCAAGAUAUACACCCUCAUCGGAGUCUUGUAUGGAUGUAUUUUCUUCAUCGUCUUGUUUGGGGCCUACAUCACACGGCUUCGACGAUACGUCUGUUCCGUCUACUACCCAUCCAGAGAGCGGGAACGGAUCUGCUAUCUGUACAACCAGAUCCACUCCAAACGUGACUCGCUCAUCGACGCCCUGUUCAAAACUGUGAAGAGAAACUCGACAGAUGCCGGUCACACCAGUUUCUUGCUGGUCCUGGCAGCAAGGUGGCGCGUGUUUGCCUGGAUCGCGGCGUUGACGGGAACGUUCCAGAACUACUGCAUGGCGUGUGGGAAGAUCGCGGAGGGGGAGGAGUACGAACUGUUUGUCCCCUGCAUCACACCCGGCUGUAAAGGUUUCUACUGCACCGACUGCUACCGGGAAAUGAACAACAUCUGCACCGUGUGCAUGGGGCCCCGCGCCGACCGGGGGGACAUCGACGAGGAGGUGUAA